CCGUCCUCUCUGCAACCCACAAGGCUGGGAACCUCAAAUUCAUACGGGCCGACGAUCCACAACAAACUGCCCUCAACGCUACAACAACAAUGUUAAUCUCAAGACUCCAUGACCCCGAUUCCCUCUCCACAACCGCCAUUACUAUCCUUGCGCUCACUUCCCAAUCCCUCACUCAGCGGUCACGAAGCCGGGCUAUGGAUCGGGGUCGGCGUUUUACUAGGCUUCGCCUUCAUAUCCCUGGUUCUAGGGGCUUUGGAGCAAUGGCGUGGAAAUUCACCGAAAGCGUUUCGCGCCAAAGUCGAUGAAUUGAAAGCCCAAGCUUCCACAAUUAGCACACAGAAAAUGAGAAUACAAGCCUUGGAGAAUAUAGGGCGUGAUAAGGAGGAAACGAUUGCAGACUUGGUAGAAUGGAAAAUAAGGAAGAAGCGGAAAUCCAAGGCAAAGGAGGGGAGGAUUCGGGAAUUGGAGGAGGUAAAAAGGGAAUUACAGGAAGAAAUGGCGCGCAGGAUGUUAGUGAUUGAUCAGAAUAACGCCGAGAUCGAAAUGGCCAAUAGAGAGCUUACAGCAAGAGGCGAGACCAUCGCUACACAUACGACAACGAUACGGAAUAUAACAAUUGAACGGAACGAAUUAAGGAGAGAUUUGGUGACCGCGAGAAGGAGACUAGGAGUUCUAGAGGUCAGCGAGCAGCGUCUUCUUCAACAAGUCAACUUCCAUCUUGAAGAGGUACUCGAGCGGGACGCGGAGAUUGCGAGGAAAGACGCUGAGAUUGCGAGGAAAGAUGCAGCGAUUGCGAGGAAAGAACUUUAAUGCAGAGGCUAAAUUAUCUUAUGAAGUUACGAGUGGAGUGUACGUAUUGGAGGAUGCCAGGAACUUGGGAUAGCUGGCUAUGGAGGUUUUUGUACACAUGAGAUUGGUA